GGGUCUUCAAGUUUCGCUGGAUCCGAGUGUUCUCCGACAUGGGCCGCACUCUCUUCUCUGUGCUUCUCCCCAGCCUCGCGCUCGUGGCGGCCGGAAGUGGCCUUCGUGCUGCCCGUGCACGUGGGAUUUUCCCAGUCUACGAUGGCACCAUCACCUCACCCAGGUGCAGCUGCCACUGCUGCGUGGUGGAACGUCGUCGGCCCGACGAAGCUGGAGGACAGCACCUCUCGAAGUGCGCGGCGCCGGCGAACCUGGGGGGCUCCUGCGCCUCGGAGUGCACGGCCGUGGAUGACGAGGUCUUCACUCACGUGACCAUUGUGGAUAUGGACAGGUAUUGCUUCCACCGCUGUCAGCCCGAGGGCACUCUGCAACCAUCGGAGAAAGUGGCCUUGGCGGAGAAGUUUGGCGGUUCCGACUCUUACCACGGCGGCUUCAGCGUGGACGCAGCUUGCAUCAAAGUGCCACACAGCUUGGAGAAUCUUGCGAUGGAGCCGACUGGAAAUGGCAACACAGCUGUGUGUUUAGCAAGGCUGCCUUUCAGGAUUGCGAUAUUUGGCUUUGGACCUAAAGGUUCAGAAAUUCCGGAUUCUGAGCAGCUUUGUCCGAGUUCAUUCAGUCAUGUGAUUCCUGUCCUUUAUCCAGCGCCAUGGCAGUAG